CGAGGUACCGGGCGGUAGUUACCAGCCUGGGGUCACCCUGAACUGUGCUCCGAUUCUGUCGUGGCACCUACUUGAAUGACCGCAGUACCGCUACAGACGGAUCGUCUCUUUCUUUCGGUAAGUGGAAAAACUUCUCCGCUACCAAAACAAGUAUUACCCACCGACAACAACGGUUGUUCGUUUACAAAAGAGCACCGAUACAAUAGAAGCCCUUUCUUUGUUUGUCAUGGAAUACUGAUGAGUGUGCGGUCGUCGCUAACAGAAGCACUGGAGUAUUGUACAAAUUCAGCUUUUCAAACAAAGAUUUGUAUGUUCUUUCAGAACCCACCAAUGAUCAAGAGUACAGUCUACUAGUCAUGGCGUUUACUUGUGAUACAUGCGGAAAAACCUUUGCCCAAAAACGAAGUCUCACCCGUCACCAAAAGUCGCACGACACCACGACCUACCUCUGCGAGAUCUGCGACAAAACCUAUAACCGUCUCGACAGUUUUAGGCGUCAUCAAAAGCAGCACGACCCGACCGCACCCACGCACGAGUGCGAUUUUUGCGGCAAAAAGUUUCCUAGACGGGAUAACCUACUGCAACAUCGGCGGCUGCACGAUAAACCCAAGCCGGCCCCCACGUUCUGGUGCCGGCCGUGUAACGUGGCGUUUGACACGGCCCAUGCCCUGCAGGCGCACCGAGAAGCUGCACACCCCGUGGCGUCUACCUCCCGUCCACGGAAAAGGGUUUCCUCCGCAGACGGGGCCGGGCCCAAAGCGAAACGACGCCACAUCCAACCCGCAGGAGACGACGACGCAUUUCCUUUUGAGGAAGAUCCGGAGGACGUAUCGGAAGAGCUGAUUCCCCAGCACGAAGACGGGGCCGUUCAGAAUCUGUACCGGCAGAAAUGGUCUAUGAUCAGGACGCAGUUCAAGCGGGGACAAAACAUCCAGGACACGUACAACUUUCGACUGGAGUCCGAAAAUCCUAGCGAUCUGGCCGACAACGUAUGGGCCAUCUUUGGCGACCAGCAAACCGUCUUUAAGAUCAACCUAUCGUUCGGGUUCAUCCUCCAGGACGGGGAAACGGGGGCACUGCGAUAUUUUUACCCAUGUGAAAAUAAUAACGGCUUUUUACCAGAACCUGUCCAAGUGGAAAACGAGGAUGGUAUCCGACGGUUCCUGGACAAGAUCGAAGAGGUCGAUCACAUGGAGAAGGCGCGACAGGAGCGCCCCAACAGUAAGUCCGUCCUUCAGAAGAUGGUGAACGUCAUGUUUUACGUGAACAAAAUCAAGGACCACCCGAUCGGUGCCGCCGGGACGCUGACAGACUACAUCAGGAACAGCAGGUCCAUCAUCGCCCUACUUAGCGGACCGCACGGCCCGUACACGGACAAGCUCUGCUUUUUCCGGUGCCUGGCACUCCAUCGGCAAUGCGAUCGCACCAAACUGGAAAGGACGACCAAGAGCCUCUUCAACGAGUACCUGACGUGGGUGGGUAAGACGCCCAGGCAGUUCAAAGGCGUGUCCCUCAAGCACCUGGAGGACAUAGAGAAAUUGUUUGAGGUCGACGUGUACGUCUAUGCUCUACAGCCCAAUCGCGAUGAAGACGCCGAAGAUGACGAUUUCUUUGCGGAGUUGGUGAGACGUCCCCUGUCUACGCACAACAACACGAUGUACCUGAAUCUCUGCGAGCAACAUUACAGUUACAUUAAAGAUUUUAAGACUUACGCCAAGUCGUACGCGUGUCCGCAAUGCGGAAAGAGGUGGACGCGCCGCGGCAAUUGCGAAGCCCACAUUCGCACGUGCGACGGUAAGGUGACCAAGGUGUAUCCGGGGGGCGCCUACCAUCUACCGCAGACCAUCUUUGAAAAGCUGCAGGACGAAGGGAUCGUCGUCCCCGAAGAAGAUCGUUACUAUCCCUACCGCGCCUGCUUCGAUAUAGAAUGUCUUCUAAAACCACUGACUGAUCAAAAGACGGACAAGAUGACGUGGGAGGCGGCGCACGAACUAUUGAGCGUGAGCGUCUGCUCAAACGUCCCUGAAUACACCGACCCAGAAUGUUUCGUGUCCGAAGGCGACCCGACAAAAGUGGCUGAAGACUUGUUGAAUUUCCUGCAGCAAAUCAGUCGUAAAGCGUACUCCCUUCUGUCGGAAAAGUUCCUCUCGGUGUCGCUCAAGAUGGGAGAAAUUCGGCAAAGGGAUUUGGAAAAAGAGGAAGAAGAAGAAGAGGAAACAGAAGGAGAAUCCCCGCAAGACAAGGUAAAGCGAAAAGAAAAGCGCAUGAAAGAACAUUACAUGACAAAAAUGAUGGAGGAACUGAGCAAGUACAUGAGUCAGCUGGUGGUCCUUAGUUUCAACGGCGGGAAGUAUGACCUGAACGCCAUCAAAAAAGUGUUCCUCCCGCUGCUGUUGCGAUCGACCAGCAAACUCCGACCCAUCAAGAAGAACAACACGUACAUGUCCAUUGAAACGGACGACCUGAAAUUCCUGGAUCUCAUCAAUUAUGUGGCUCCGGGCUUCUCCUACUCUAUCCUGCUGAAGGCGUACGGAUGCCAGGAGACCAAGGGAUUCUUCCCGUACGAAUGGAUGGACAGCUUGGACAAGUUAGAUGACACGCAGCUACCACCACGAGCCGCCUUCCAUAGCAACCUGCGACAGUCCGACAUCUCGGAGGAGGAUUAUCUGUACUGUCAGCGGGUGUGGGAAGAGCAGGGCAUGACGACGAUGAGGGACUUUCUAAUAUGGUACAACAACAAGGACGUUAGCCCCAUGGUGGAAGCCGUGCAGAAGAUGACAGAGUUCUACCAGGACAAGGGUAUAGACAUGUUUAAGGACGGUAUUAGCGUCCCGGGUCUGACACUUAAGUACCUCUUCAUGAACCUGCCGCACGAUACUUACUUUACUCUUCCAGACAAUGAGGAGGUGUACAGAUUGUAUAAAGACAACAUAGUGGGGGGACCCAGCAUCAUCUUUCAUAGGUACCACGAGAAGGGCAAGACCUACAUCAGGGCCGACGAGAUGACAUUGUCGGGCAGGGAACCGAAACCUUGUCAAAAGGUCAUUGGCUACGACGCGAAUGCGUUAUAUUUGUGGGCCCUGAUGCAGGACAUGCCCUCCGGCCAUUACAUUCGGCGGCGGGAAGACACGGGGUUCGAAAGAGAAUAUUCUACACCUCAGUGGGGACGAAUGGCCGUCGACUGGUUAGACUGGCUGGCCCAAGAGCGGAACCUCGUCAUUCGCCACAAAUUCAAUAGCACAGAGAAGCGCAUCGGUUCACGUCGAAUUCCGGUGGACGGUUUCUGUUCCGACACCGGGGAAAUCUUUCAGUUUCACGGUUGCUAUUGGCACGGUCACCGCUGUCCCUUGACCAAAGGCCAAUUCUUCAACGAUCGUCGCGGCAAGUCUUUCGCGACUUUGCGGGCGGAAACGGCCCAAAUUACCGAGUACCUGCGGGUGUGUGGGUAUACGGUCAUCGAGAUGAGGGAGUGUCAGUGGAGAAACUUGGUAAGAGCCGACGUCCGAUUGGCGUCUUUCUUGGAAGGCCGCAAGACUCCCACCGAACAUCUUCCCGACAUGACCGGUGAACGCGUCCUCCAGGCUGUUCGCUCGAAGGAGUUGUUUGGAGCGGUGGAAUGCGACAUCGAGGUCCCCGCGGAUCUCAAGUCGCGCUUCGCCGAAAUGCCUCCGAUAUUUAAGAACGUCGAGAUCUCCAUCGACGACAUUGGCGAGCACAUGAAGGAGUACGCCGAGAAGCAUCGCAUUAUGUCCAAACCCAGGCGAUCGCUCAUCGGUAGUAUGUUCGGUCAAAAGAUCCUCUUGGCUUCGCCCUUGCUCAACUGGUAUCUCGACCACGGCUUGAAGGUCACUCGCAUCUACCAGGUGAUGGAGUACAGACCCAAACCCAGUUUUAAAGCUUUCGGAGAUGCCGUUAGCGAUGCGAGACGUAAAGGUGACGAGGACAAAACCAAGAAGAUCAUCGCCGACACCAUGAAGCUGAUCGGUAAUUCUGGCUACGGCAAGACGGUCACCAACAAAGAAAAACAAACAGACGUCGAGUAUUGCCAAGACGUCGUGACCGCCACUCGAAAGAUCAACACUUCGCGGUUUCGGCAUCUGAUCGUGGUCAACGACGACAAUUUCUUUGAAAUUGAGUCGGCGAAGCGCACCAUCAAGUUUAACCUUCCCAUGCAAAUUGGCUUCUUCGUAUACCAAUAUGCCAAAUUACGUAUGCUUGCCUUUUACUACGACUUCAUGUUAAAGUUCGUGGACGUGUCCGAUUUCCAGUACUGUGAAAUGGACACGGACUCUGCUUAUAUCGCCAUCUCGGCGGACAAGCUGGAGGACGUGAUCAAACCGGACAUGCGGGAGUCGUACAACCGCGAGAAAUCUGACUGGUUCCCCCGGACAGACACCAAACAGAACGCGGCUUACGACAAGCGCACUCCCGGGUUGUUCAAGGAAGAAUGGUCCGGGAGCGGUAUAGUCGGCCUGUGCAGUAAAACGUAUUACUGUUUCGGCGGAGAUGAAGCGAAUGAGGACAAGUUCAGUUGCAAAGGGGUGAGCAAACGGUGUAACGUCAUCAACCACCUCAAGUACCUGAACGUCUUGCAGACCAAGAAAAGCGGGCAGGGCAUCAACAAAGGGUUUCGCGUGCACGACAACGAAAUACACACGUACACGCAAACCCGUGAUGCCUUUUCGUACUUUUAUCCUAAACGAAAGGUAAAGAAUGACCGGGUCACCACUCUCCCUCUCGAUAUUUAGAGCGGCUAUUGUGUCAUAUAUUGCGCAUAGAUGUAUAUUGUAAAUCAAUCGUGUGAUGAUGACAUGCUGCUGCCAUGACUCGCCUCUGUAGUAGAUAGAUAAAUAGUGCUGCUGGGCAGAGUUGACGUCAUUUGCGGGUAUGGAUGCGAGAAUACACCAUCCAUGUCGGAUGGUUCUAGCGGGCUGUUCUGGGUC